AUGAUGUACCACAAAGCGCUCCUCAUGGGUGACAAGGAUGUGGCUGCGAGGAUCUUGCAAGCGGAUACACCCGCUAAAGCGAAGAAGUUGGGGAGGGAGGUGAGAAAUUUCGAUCAGAUGGUUUGGGAUGGGAGUUGUGAUGGGGUUGUCGAAGCAGGGAACUUCUUGAAGUUUAGCCAGAACGAGGAGUUGGGGAAGGUGUUGGUGGGGACGGAGGAGAGACAGAUUGUGGAGACGAGUCCGAAUGAUAGACUUUGGGGGAUUGGGUUUAAUACUGAGGAGGCGGAAGGGAAGGAGGGUGAGUGGGGAGAAAAUAAGUUGGGAAAGGCGUUGGAGUGGGUGAGGGAGCGGUUGAAGAAGUGA